GUUGCUGGCACGCAAUCUUUCCCAAGGUUGUGCUUCCUUUCCUUUUUCCUGAGAUUUGGCGCAGGGGGAAGGGGUCGAAGUCACAUGGACACAAAGCUUUUGAUUAAUGUCCAAGCUGCCUGGGCUGCUGCUGAAGCCUUCCAAUCUCGCAGUCACACAGAGCGCUCGGAGAGCAGGAGCCAGUGACCACUCAUUUCCUACAGGCUGUGCCCUCUUCCUUACUGGAAAAGAAGACACGCAUUUGUAUUGCUUUGCUCCUCUGGCUCUCAAAGCACUUCUUGAGCAGUGGAAGAGCGAGCGAGACUGGUUAACAGCCUGCAAGCCACGGAAGACCAGCCCCCCGCUAUGUAACUGAGUGGGGUCUUUUGUUGUCCCAUCUGAACUUUGCUAGAGGAAACACCGAGGCAGCUUUUCCUAUUGGUGGCUGCAAACAGCAGAGGAGCUGGGAGAAGCAGGAGCUGGGAGCGAGGCUUCGCUUUGGGGAACAAUGACAGAAGAAAGCAAAGGGGAAGGGAAAGGGGAAAGCGGGAAGGACCUGGAGAAACAGCUUCGCCUCAGGGUGUGCGUUUUGAACGAGCUUCUGAAGACUGAGCGGGACUAUGUGGGCACUUUGGAGUUCCUGGUGUCGGCAUUCCUUCAGAGAAUGUUCCAGUUCGCUGCCUCCAAAGUGGAUAAAAAUAUCACAGAGGAAACAGUUAAGAUGCUGUUUUCAAAUAUUGAAGAUAUUCUUGCAGUUCACAAGGAUUUUCUGACCUUAGUGGAGGGGUGUUUGAAUCCUGAACCUAAUGCACACCAUGAAGUGGGAAUCUGCUUUCUUCACUUUAAGGACAGAUUUUGUAUCUAUGAUGAAUACUGUAGUAACCAUGAGAAGGCACAGAAACUUCUGCUUGAACUUAACAAAAUAAGAACAGUACGGACUUUUCUUUUGGUAAGUAAACUUUGACUUGGUAUUCUACUUUAAUAUCUUUUCACUGAAUCAGUGAGUUGACAGCAGUGCCUUAUUAGGGUCACGUGAGAAAUGAUUUUAGACAUCCUACGAUUCAUAGAUUCAUAGAU